GCUGCGCUCGUCCCCUCACCCACCUUCGAGGGCCGGGAUGUCGGGGGUCCGCGAGGCGGUGACGCUGCAGCUGGGCCACUACGCGGGCGGCGUCGGAGCCCACUGGUGGGGCCUGCAGGAAGCCUCCUUCUGCUUCGAUCCUGCGGCCGCCGAAUCGGAAGAGGGGAUUCACCACGAUGUGCUGUUCCGCACAGGGAAGACUCUUCAGGGCCAAGAGACGUAUACGCCCCGCCUCAUUCUCAUGGACCUCAAAGGCAGCCUGAGCUCCUUGAAGCAGGAGGGUUCCUUGUACCAGGAUGAGAAAACAAAUACUCUUGUAGCUUGGAAGGGGAAUCUGACCACACACCGAGAAGACCUGGCCCCUGGGAGGUCCGUCCUUCAUGGCUUGGACAGAUCGGAGGGCAACAGUUCUUCCAACGGUGACUUUGCUUCUAGGCCCCUUUCUGGGGGUAAAGACCGGCCUCCUCGCCAUGAGACGCAGGACCAGGCUGCGAAGGCACCGCACGUGUGGUCAGACUUCCUCCGGACACACCUGCACCCCCGGAGCAUCUUGACCAUCCAGCAGUACAGUCACGAGGGGGAAUCCAACCGGCUGGAGGCUUUUGGGCAAGGGGAAAAGCUCCUGCAAGACGGCGCCUACCUGGAGGAGCUGGAGGACAGGUUGCACUUCUACGUGGAGGAAUGUGACUACCUGCAGGGAUUCCAGGUUCUCUGCGACCUGCACAACGGGUUUUCGGGCGUCGGGGCGAAGGUCACCGAGCUGCUGCGGGAUGAAUAUGCAGGGAAGGGAGUCCUGACGUGGGGGCUGACGCCGGUGCUUGAACCCGCUGCUCCGCAAAGGAAUCUGUACCGGCUCAUGAACACAGUCCUGGGGAUCGUCCACCUUUCCCAGCACAGCUCGCUCUUCUGCCCCUUGUCGCUGAACGGGAGCCUAGGUCUCCGGCCAGAGCCCCCGGUGGUCCUGCCGUACCUCCAGUACAACGCAUCUCUGGACUACCACACCAGUGCCGUCCUUGCCACAGCGCUGGACACAGUCACUGCUCCCUACCGGCUACAGGCCUCGGCAGUUUCUAUGGCCCACCUUGCCGAAGCCCUGAAUUUCUCCGGGAGAAAGGUAGCAGCUGCAGUGGCUUCCAUGCCGUUCCCGAUGGCUCAAGGACAGACCCUCCCCGACGCUUUGUGCAGCCAGCAGCCUGCCGUGCCCGGGAGCUCGCUCUCUUCGUGCGCGGCCCAAGGGCAGAGCCGCUGCUUCGCUCAGUCCGUGGUGCUGAGAGGAAUCGGCAAGCGGGACCAAGUGAGCGAUUCCCCACCAGGCACGGAACCCAAGUCGCUCCUUCACAUGUGCGAGACGGGCCAGGAGGUGCUCACUCGGUUCUUGCACACCAUGUCGCCCAGGACCUUCAGCAGCACGUCGCACUUACUGCAGGGCCCCUGCAAGCUGCUGCCCCCGUAUCCCCAGUAUUUCUCUCCUCUCCUGAACAAGCACGGAUGCGUCGUGGAAAAGCCUCCCCGUGCCUCAGCAACUGUUGAAAGCAUUCCCGUCUUCACUGCCCUCCGGUCCUCCGCUGUCCUGCACAAAGCUCUCGGCAGUUUUUACCAAGAGCUGUGUCAGGUGGACGUCCGGCGCUGGGCGAGCUUUUUCUCGGUCGGAGUCGAAAUGGAUGAUUUCCGGGAGACUUUGGAUGAGCUGAGGACGCUGGCCCAGUGUUACAAAGAGAGCGGCUCAGCAGAAGAAUCCGAGGAUGAUACCGACUGAUCGCUUUGUCGUGCCCUGAAGGCAGGAGACCUACAGCUGGCCUUUCAUUCCAUUUGAAAAUCGCAAUAAACUCGCUGACGCAGCUACAA